AUGUCCUGCCAGGGGCAGCACUAUAAUACUGUGCAAGCAACCACGCGCCUUGCUGUAGACGAAGAAGAGCACUACGGAAUGUCCCGCCUGCUUGUCCGCGUCUUCAUGUCGAAUUCGAGUUUCCAGCAGCUCCAAGCGACCGUCAACGAGCGUCUUUGCGCGGCCGCCGAGGAGAUCUUCCAGGCGGUCAAAGGCACCAUCGUCGGCUUGGAGGAGGAGCUGCGGCGCUCCAAAGCGGAGCUCGAGCGCUAUCGAAAACACGCAGAACCCGACGAUCCCGAGCAGCGGCGCAGGUCUGCCGUCCCGCAACAAGAUGGAGCCGAGUCGCACGAUACGGACUGGACAGCGCCGCUGGAGCAGGACUCCCCCCGCGACCAGCUGGCGAGCGGUUCGCAGGGGGAGCGAACGGCCAACUGUAACGGCAAGGCAGACUCGCACCAGGAAGUGGCGUACCAGAACAAGGAUGACGUCGGAGCCUCUCCGGUCUUUCUUCCAAAAUCUUCUUUUGGAAUCACUGGGUCCCCGGGCAGCGACGAGGAGUGGCUACCCAACGACGAGGAGCGACUAUCCAGCGACAAGGAGCGACUUGUUAAUAAAGCGGCGGCGAAAGCCAAGGCCACCUUCAGCUGCAAAGUGUGCGGGAAGAGCUUCCGAAGCGUCACCUCCCUGGCUAAUCACGGCGAGGCGCACCCAAAGGGCGUGUGCGGCGUCUGCGGCCGCCGCUUUGACUCUGAGGAGAGCUUCGACCGGCACGUGCGCACGCACGUUAAGGGCAGCGUCUGCGGCGUUUGCGGCAAAGGCUUCGGCACGGCCAAGGCGCUGGAGACGCACGUUCGCGUGCACACGGGCGAGAAGCCCUUCGCCUGCGACCACUGCGAGAAGGCCUUCAACUGUCAGCAAAAUUUGAGCAGACACUUGCGCAGGCACACGGGAGAGAAACCCUACGCUUGCCAGGUCUGCGGACAGCAAUUCAGCGACCACUCCACUCGGAAGCGCCACAUGCUGGCGCACGGGAACGAGGCGGCCCGGGUGGAGGCCGCCGCUGCCGCCGCCAGACAGCCCAGGAGAUGCGCGGUGUGCGCCGUGUGCGGCAAGUCCUUUCGCUCUGCCGUUUCUCUGCUCAACCACGCCGCGGGCCACCCCACCCGUUGCGGGGUUUGCGACGCCCCGGUCGACGACCUGAAGGCGCACUUGCAGACGCACGUCGGCGGCAGGCCCUGCCAGGUGUGCGGCAAGCGUUUCGACGGCGCUCGCGACCUGGACACGCACAUGCGGGUGCACACGGGCGAGAAGCCCUUCCAGUGCAGCAAGUGCGGCAAAGCCUUCAACUGCUACCACAACAUGACGCGCCACGUGCUGGUGCACACGGGGGAACGUCCGUACGCCUGCCACGUGUGCCGCAAGCGCUUCAACGACCGCUCGGCCAGGGGGCGCCACCUGCUGACGCACCGCCGGGACAAAAAGCCGCGCGCGCCCGCGCCCCGGGCCGAAAAAAACCGCGUCAUGUGCGUGGUGUGCGGCCGCGCCUUCUGGUCCCUGGUCUCGCUGAUCAACCACUCGGCCGGCCACCGGGACGACUGCGGCGUAUGCGGCGCCCGCGCCGACGACCCCGAGCGGAUGAGGGCCCACCUGAUGACCCACAACAAGGGAAAGGCCUGCGAGUCGUGCGGCAAGUGUUUCGACAGCCGCAGGGACCUGGAGACGCAUUUGCGGAUACACACGGGCGAGAAGCCCUUCGCCUGCACCGUCUGCGAGAAAACCUUCAAUUAUCGUCACAACAUGAUGCGCCACAUGCGGACGCACACGGGCGAAAAGCCCUAUGCCUGCGUGGCCUGCGGACGCCGCUUCGCCGACCGCUCUGCUCUCAAGAAGCACGGCGCCGUGCACACGGGCGACCGCCGGCUCCGCGGGAAGACCCGCGAAAAACGUGGGAGACCUUCAACUUGA